AUGCGGCUGAAUCUGGCUCAAUCCACACUCGACGAACUUGUCCAGAGCCUACGAAACGAUCAGAAGGCUCGUAUCCGUCUGGGAAAACACCAAUCGUUGCACUACGGGAACAAGUCCCAGACGUUUUUCUCGUCACCGGAGAACCACCGCUCAGAAAUCUACUCCUACUCCCCUUCCUCCAACGGAAAAGCAUAUUUCACGGGUGUGCUUAGCCAUAAGCUGGAGGUGGAGAAAGCUCGGGAGGCCACUGCCGCUACGGAUGAGGCAUUGGCUACUCUCGAGCAAAGACUGAGUGCUUUUGAGAAAGGGAAGGAAUCAAGGAAAACUCCGCUGAUCACGACCAUUGAUCAGAUGAGAGCUCUCGGCGCGGGGGACAACCGCAGCGCAACCGGGAAAGAAGCCGCUUCGUUGGCCCGCAUGCCAAGAAGCAAGAUAGAUGUUGAGAAAGAGCGUUUUUUUCAGCAAGCCGCCAACAGAUCCAAUCCCACUAGCCCAGCCCUUCUUGGUGCCCGCUCCCCCGCGUUCACUUCCGCAGUCACUCCGAAAUCUGCCUCUGUUCCCCAAAACAAAGAUAAACUUCGCCUCGACGCUCUCCGUGUGCCUCUAACCCAUCUGCUCGCUGUCCGGGCAGUCUCUGUCAGAUUCUUAGCGCAAAAAACCAGAUCGUCCCAGGAGGACUGUUUGGCCCUCGUGCAGAAAUAUGGUAUCGAGAAUAGGCUUGAUCGGGAGAAGUACAGUCUAAAAGACAAGGCAUACAAAGAUCUUGAUAUCUGGGGGUUUCCCUACCCUUCACAGGAUGAACGGCAAGAAGCGAUUGAGAACGCCAUAUCAGCAUUUGACCGAAUGCGGAUUUCGCGAACGGAUAAGCUUUGGCAGAUGCUGCUUCCGAAGGCCGAGAGGGGAAAGGGUAAGGUCUUGUCUCGGUUAAACCUACACACCGGACCGAUAGCCAGAUCAGCGACCCCACGACUUAACGUUCAAUCCCCUGAAGAUGUAUCGAAGGAAGGAUAUGGAACCGGUAACGAAUCAGAACGGACGAACGGUUGCUUUACCCCGAACCAGCAAAAUGCUACUAGUAAAUCUGCGCGACCAGGAGGAAAUUCAACGCAGAAGAAGGAAUCUUCGAUUAAAAAUGGCCAGACGAAACGGGCAAGCACUAAAGCAAGAAAUACCACGUUGACGGGGAGGGUAACGAAGAAGACUGAUAAGAAGAUGGAGAAGAGAUCUUCAGCAAAAUCAGAGUCGAAGUACAAAUCUGCAGAAUUUGUGCAUGAUUCAGAUGAAGAUGCGGAAAUGAUGGAUUCCCCGCCUUUGGGAUCUUCCACUGGCAAAACCAUUGAAACGGUAGAAACACAGAACCAGCCGAGAGCCGGCACAACGUCUUCGAAGAGCUUCCCAUCCAAGCCCGCUGAAGCGGAAAAGCCAGCCAAAGUGAAGUCUCAGUCCAUGAAAACGGUUUCCUCCGUUACAGCAACUUCUCGUGCCGCCAAUAACAGAUCUCCACAAAAACCGUCUCCACUUGGCUCAUCCCCCCCCACGAAUGCAACCGAUCUAGAAAACGGAAUACGAUCCUCGAAUACCACACAGUCAUCCAGCUCCUCCUCCCCUCUCAUGGUCCAACAUUCAAGAGCGAAGGCUUCCUCUACACUCUCUCGAACCCAGACUCCAAAUGCCGUUGAUGGUGGCCAAAAGCCAGCAGCGAAUACCCUGAAACGCAAAGCGGAGACUGAGCGACCGCCCUCCGGCCACAUUGAUCAUGAGCGAAACGGCAUACGAAAUCCAAAAUCCCGGCCCCAACAUCUCCAAACUGCCACGACAAACGGCCGCUCCAUGGAGCCGAAGCGGCGUCGCCUUUCCAGCCCCUCGAGUGGUAGCACGACCGGCAGUACCUCACCUCCCCGGAGCCUGGAGAUACUUCGCCAGCGAUUACGCGAAAAAGCACAGCAAUUCAAGCGGUAUUAUGCCUCCUAUCGACUUCUGCACCAGGAGCUGACCAGCCACCCGGACCCACCACUGGGCGAGAUUCAGAAACUGGAACGACAGCAUGCGCGGUUGCGGAAGAUGAAACAGGACAUCUGGGAAGAGGAUCGGCGGUUAAGAAUGGGGUAACCGGCCUGUUUUAUGUCAAAGAAAUAGACUCCGUUUAUUAUUGCUUUUACAUCUUGUGCUUUAUUGACUAUCAUGCACAUACAUUAUUAUUUAGCCAAACAUUAUCGAACCUGGGGUGCACUGGUCCCCACUCUACGAAUAUUCCAUUAUUAUGCUGGAAUGGUAUUCUUAUUCCCGUUUGUUGUUGUUGUUAUUGUUUUUGUUACUGUUACCGUUACUGUUGCUGUUAUAUUAUUGUUUGUAUUUGGCGGAUCUGGUUCGCUGCUUGCCCCUAAUGUUCACGCCAUCGUCAAACUUGGAGCCUUACCUACCUACAUGUUGGGUGAAAUACAUGACAUGAGUUUUAUUUUCUGGAGCAUCAAUUGGAUAACUAUGUGUUAGGAUUUGAUAUUUACUCGUUCACCCCUUUUUAUUUUUUCAUAUAGCCAGGAGGGCCGCUCUAUAUUUGUUGC